AUGGUGACUGCCAAGGCAUGGGCUCUGAAGAAGCAUUUUGAGGGUUUGCCCAAAACCAGCGACUUUGACCUGAAAACAAUAGAGCUGCCAAAGCUAAAGGAUGGAGAAUUACUGCUUGAAUCAGUGUUUCUCAGCGUUGAUCCUUACAUGAGACCUUACAGUCGAAGGGACAUGAAGGAAGGGGAUAUAAUGAUAGGCACACAGGUUGCCAGGAUUGUAGAAAGCAAGAAUCCUGCUUUCACAGUGGGGGCCUUUGUCGUAGCUAACAGUGGCUGGAGAACUCAUUUCAUCUCAGAUGGGAAAGGCCUACACUUGCUUCCUUCUGCUUGGCCAGAAUCACUCCCCAGAUCUCUCGCCCUUGGGACAGUUGGCAUGCCAGGCCUCACUGCGUAUUUUGGUCUGCUGGAGGUCUGCAAACUGAAGCCAGGAGAAACACUGCUGGUUAAUGCUGCAGCUGGUGCUGUGGGCUCUGUGGUGGGACAGCUUGCUAAAAUUGCAGGUUGUAAAGUGGUUGGCUCUGCUGGCUCAGAUCCCAAGGUUGCCUAUCUGAAAAAAUUAGGCUUUGAUGAAGCCUUUAAUUACAAGACUGUUGCAUCUUUGGAUGAAGCACUGCGUAAAGCCUCUCCUGACGGCUAUGACUGUUUCUUCGACAAUGUGGGUGGAGAAUUUUCCAGUAUUGCUAUCAACCACAUGAAGAAAUACGGAAGGAUUGCAGUUUGUGGAGCCAUCUCUCAGUACAAUAACACUGUGCCUCAGAAAGGGCCUUACAUUCAGGUGCAAAUGAUCUUCAAAGAGCUUCGAAUGGAAGGGUUUAUUGUGUCUCGCUGGAAUGACCGAAGGGAGGAAGGCUUGAAGGCACUGCUGAAAUGGGUCAUGGAGGGAAAAGUGAAGUACCAUGAACAGGUCACUGAAGGGUUUGAGAACAUGCCAGCAGCUUUCAUUGGAAUGUUACAGGGAGAAAAUCUUGGAAAAGCUAUAGUAAAAGUCUGA